CUCAUCAACAUAACAUUUCCGUAUAUAAAAUAUAUAUAUAAAAAACUUCAUAAAAAUGCACCAUCAAAACCACAAUACCAAACAAAAAAAAAAUUUGGAAAAAAUAGCUCCACAUUCGCCACGUCGCCAGAAAUUAAAUUUACGCAUGAAAUCACUUAGUUUGGAUUCCCCCGAAUCAACGGAAUUGCAUGGGCAAAUACGACGUCGGCAACAGCCUGUUGCUGGACCAUCCACAGCUGGCGGUUACUAUCAUGGCGGUUCGGGUGGACACUUGGAGCACAGUACACCGCCCUCUAACAACAGUCGUUUGCAUUCGCCCUCAAGUCCUUCGCAUCCGGGUCGCAAAUUGCUUUAUGCAAGUCGUGGCAUGCGUGGUGGAAGCGUUGAUCUACCCGACGAAAUGGAGAAAUCACAAUCAUCGGCCAGCACUUCACCAUGUCCAUCUCCUGUAAGACAAUUUCAGAAAUCUCACCGACUUUUGCCGACCAAUUUAUAUGUCAUACUGUACAACUUCAAAGCACGCCAUGCUGAUGAACUCGAUUUAAAGGCUGGUUAUAAGGUUACUGUUAUAGAUACAUCCGAUCCAGAUUGGUGGAAAGGCAAAGUACUUGGACGUGUUGGUUAUUUUCCAUCCAAGUAUUGUGUACGAUUGAGUGCCAAUGAAAAACCCUUACAGGUUACGCACAAUUUACAAGUUUCAGAUGGCGAACGUGGUGAAAAUAUGACACUGUUAAGAGAUCAAAUCGUAAUACAGGCUGGUGAUGAAGUCAAUGGUAUGGUGAAGGUGCGUUCAGCUGACAAUCGUCAAGGCUAUUGUCCGAUAAAAUAUCUGCAAGAGGUGUGACAGCCAGAAGAGCCGCCAGAAGAACGCGAUAAACCGCAAAAAUCAUCGUUUUCCUCAAAGCUGUUAGACAAAACAAAACGUAGA